ACCAGCCCACGUAAGCUUAGCUGUAAACACCAGUGCGUUUGGUAACAGCAUUGCCCCUCAGGUUCCAAGCUGGCAGCUGCUGCCAACUACCACUGUAUGGGAACCCGGUCAGGGCAAGUAUCUGCAGAUCAUUAAUGAGGACAAGCAGAGAACUUUGCCUCGUGGUGAGUUCUGAGUCACUUUCCAAAAAAGUUGCAGCUUCAAAGAAGAGCCUGGGCUACAAGUGGCCAUGAAGUACCUCCGUCAAGCGAUAUGGCGGGCUACCAGUCUCAGGACUGCAGUGGCUAAAAGCAGCAUCCGUAGUUUCAGCAGUGUUGCCGGGCAAACCUCUGAAAAGAGCGUCCCCUAUACCACAACACUAAAGAAGGAGUGUCCUGCUGCCAAGGGGCCAACCAAGCCCCUCCCUCGUUCAGCAGAUGUGGUUGUGAUUGGUGGGGGCAGCUUGGGGUGCCAGACCACAUAUCAUUUAGCUAAGAUGGGGCUGACCAAUGUGGUGUUAUUAGAAAGAGAUCGGCUUACUUCUGGGACCACGUGGCACACAGCAGGUCUCCUGUGGCAGCUGCGGCCCAGUGACGUGGAGGUGGAACUCCUGGCUCACACUCGGAACGUGGUUAGCAGUGACCUGGAGCAGGAGACCGGCCUCCAUACAGGAUGGAUAGAGAAUGGGGGGCUCUUCAUUGCCUCCAACAAGCAGCGUUUGGAUGAGUACAAGAGGCUGAUGUCUCUGGGAAAGGUUUAUGGCGUGGAGUCGUACGUCUUGUCUCCUGCACAAACCAAGGACUUGUAUCCACUCAUGAACGUGGACGAUCUCUAUGGCACGUUGUACGUCCCGAAAGAUGGAACCAUGGAUCCCGCUGGAACAUGCACCACCUUGGCAAGAGCCGCUACUGCUCGGGGGGCACAGGUUAUUGAGAACUGCCCAGUGACUGGCAUUCAAGUGAGAACUGAUGACCUGGGAGUCAGGCGGGUGGUGGGAGUAGAAACUGAACAUGGCACUGUGGAGACCCCUUGCGUAGUAAACUGUGCAGGUGCCUGGGCUCAGAAACUUGGCCGAAUGGCUGGUGUCAACGUCCCCCUGAUAGCCAUGCACCAUGCUUACGUGGUCACUGAGAGGAUCGAGGGCAUUCAGAACAUGCCAAAUGUUCGGGACCACGAUGCCUCUGUGUAUCUGCGUCUCCAAGGUGAUGCGUUAUCAGUGGGAGGAUAUGAGUCAAAUCCGAUAUUCUGGGAGAAGGUCUCGGAUAAGUUUGCAUUUGGGCUCUUUGAUCUGGAUUGGGAUGUUUUCAUUCAGCACAUCCAAGGGGCCAUCAACAGAGUCCCAGCCCUCGAGAAAACUGGCAUCAAAUCCACUGUGUGUGGCCCAGAAUCUUUUACUGCCGACCACAAACCCCUCCUGGGGGAAUCUCCCGAGGUGCGGGGCUUCUUCCUGGGCUGUGGCUUUAACAGUGCAGGUAUGAUGCUUGGAGGUGGAUGCGGGAAAGAACUGGCUCACUGGAUUAUACACGGGCGCCCCGAAAAAGAUAUGUACGGCUAUGACAUUAGGAGAUUCCACCGAUCACUAACCAACCAUAAUCGCUGGAUCCGGGAAAGGAGCCAUGAAUCCUAUGCUAAAAACUACUCUGUCGUUUUUGCUUACGAUGAACCUCUUGCAGGAAGGAACAUGAGAAAGGACCCACUGCAUGAGGAGCUGCUGAAUCAAGGCUGUGUAUAUCAGGAGAGGCACGGUUGGGAGAGGCCGGGAUGGUUUAACCCCGAAGGUCCUGCUCCGGUUUUGGAUUACGACUAUUACAGUGCCUAUGGCCUGGAACCCCAUCAAGAUUACCUAUACACCCAACUUCUGGAAAAAGAGUACACCUUCAGCUUCCCGCCGCAUCACGACGUGAUCCGGAGAGAAUGCCUUAUGUGCAGGAACCAGGCGGCUGUUUUCAACAUGUCCUACUUUGGAAAGUUCUACCUGCUCGGGCCGGACGCCAAGAAAGCGGCUAAUUGGCUGUUUACGGCGGAUAUCAACAAGCCCCCUGGUACGACAGUGUAUACGUGUAUGCUGAACAAGCAGGGUGGAACAGAGAGUGACCUUACGGUGAGCUGUCUUGAGCCCGGAACAGGCGGAUCUGUCCUAGCACCGCAGUUUGAAGGGGAUGGCUAUUACCUCGCAGUCGGAGGUGCCGUCGCCCAACACAACUGGAGUCACAUCUCUACCGUCCUUCAGGAUGAGAAAUUUAACUGUAAGCUCAUAGACUGUUCUGAAGACCAAGGCAUGAUCAGCAUUCAAGGUCCUGCAAGCCGUGCCAUAUUGCAAGAAGUUAUGGAUGAGGACCUAAGCAAUGAGGCUUUCCCCUUCUCCUCUCACAAGCUGGUGACAGUGGCUGGGUUCACGGUGCGUGCCAUCCGCCUGUCAUUUGUAGGAGAGAUGGGAUGGGAGCUUCACAUGCCUGGGAAAGCGUGUGUUCCCGUGUACAAGGCAGUCAUGAAUGCAGGUGCCAAGCAUGACAUUGGGAAUGCCGGAUACAGGGCGAUCGACUCGCUCAGCAUCGAGAAAGGGUAUCGACAUUGGCAUGCAGAUCUGCGCCCUGAUGAUACCCCACUGGAAUCUGGUCUGGCAUUUACUUGUAAGCUCAAAUCCAACAUCCCUUUCUUGGGACGAGAAGCGCUGGAGAAGCAGAAAGCACAGGGCUUGAAAAAACGCCUGGUGUGCUUUACUAUCAACGAGAAAAUCCCUUUGUUUGGCCUGGAAGCCAUAUGGAGGAAUGGAAUAGCCGUGGGCCACAUCCGCAGGGCCGACUAUGGAUUUGCAAUCAACAAAACCAUUGCUUAUGGUUACAUUCGAAAUCCUGAUGGAGAAGCUGUGACACCAGACUUUGUCCGGAGGGGAGAGUACAAGCUGGAGAGAAUGGGCAUCACGUAUUCAGCACAAGCCCACUUGAAGUCACCAUUUGACCCAAACAAUAUGAGAGUAAAAGGAUUUUACUGAAAUUUAAAAUUGAAGAAUAGAUAAUCUCCAAGUGGAUGUGGAAGUAAGAAAUUCAGUGAUCCUCCCUUCUAAUUCAGAUUAUGAACCCCACUUUUAUAUUGGACCCAGUCUUUUUGUUGUUAUUGUUCUGACCCUGUGUAAAGCCCAUAUACUAUCAUGGGUAUGGGCCCAACCACUAUUUACUAACCACUGAAAGGUAUGGCUCCUGGGCAACGAGUACAAUCUAGGGUAGGGAGGUCUAAUUCAUUAAAAAAGAGAUGAGUCUAUGUGUGAAGGGCAUUUUUUGCCUCCUCAAAUGCAAAAUUCACCUUCCUGCGAGGAUCAUCUGUAUAUAAUUGCGGGGGGAAAGGAAAUAAAAAUUCAGAUGAUUUGUAAAUUGAA